GCGGAGCCCCCGUGGGCUUCGGGAGGCAGUGCCCGGGGUGAGGAAGGGGCGGCCGGGAGUCCGCAGGGACGGAGGGGGAGGCUCGGGACGUCCCGCUGCCCCCUCGGGUUUCCUGGGCCCCCUCCCGACUCGGUCCCACUUUCGCUUUCGGCGGCGGCUCCGCCGCGGCCCGAGGGGUCCCGGGGCGGGUCGCGGGGGUCCCCGUGUGUCCCCCCAGCUCGGCACCGCCAUGGACUUGCCUCCCUCCAGCUCUGCUUUGGUGCCGCUCCUGCUCCUCCUGGCCGUGCCCAUCCCCAGCAGCUGCUGCUCCUUCGGCUUUAACCCCGUCAGCAGCACCUUCAGCACCCACCUGAACAACCUGACCCCUUGGCUGCUCCUUGACUACCCCGUGGCAAUGCCCAGCAACCUGGAGCCGGACAGUGGUUGCUCUGAUCUCUGGGGGCUUCACUUUGGGGCGCUGGCUCUGCAGCAAAUGUUGGGGGUGGCAGGGAAGGAUUUGGCACCUCUGCUCAGGACGCUCCUAGCUCAGCUCCACUUUGUGGCCGAGUGCCACAUCCAGGAUCCCCAGGGCUGUGUCCGGCUGGAGAUGGUGAAUGUGUCGCAGCUACUGGAGACCCUGGCGCAGCACCUGGGGGGGCUGCAAGGGAGACCCCCUCACUUCCCUGGCUGUGCCCGCUUGCGCUGCCACCCAGGUAUGCCCCCGGGACCCUCAAAAGACCUCUGUAACACCCCCAGGGCAGCUGCUGACCCCCGUGUCCCCCCAGGCCCGGCGCUGACCAGCCCAGGAGUGCGGCACGAGGGGACCUUGGGGGCCAGGCAGGGACCCCCCAGCCCUGCUGGACAUGGGCUGGUGCUGCUGGGGGGAGUUGGGGGAGCCCUGGGCCUGGCAGCAGCGGCCUGGGUGCUGUGGAGGAGACCCUGUGGCCAGCCCUCACAGGGACCCCUGACAAUGGAGCACGAUGGGACCUGAGUGGCUGAGUGAUACCUGGGGAUAGACACAGGCUGGCUUGAGCCACUGGUGAGAGAUGGGGACCCCUCAGUUCCCUGCUGGAAGUCCCUGGGGGACUACACCGGGAUCUCCCGAAGCCACUGAGAGACGAGGGGGCCCAGCCUGGCCCCCUGCAGUGCCCAU